CACAUCCUUCAUCCUCUACCUUCCUUCUAGCAGAAAUGGCGGCUGCGGCGGCUCGAGUGGUGUUGUCAUCCGCGGCGCGGCGGCGGCUCUGGGGUUUCAGCGAGAGUUUCCUAAUCCGAGGCGCUGCGGGACGGUCAUUAUAUUUUGGAGAGAACAGAUUAAGAAGUACACAGGCUGCUACCCAAGUUGUUCUGAAUGUUCCUGAAACAAGAGUAACAUGUUUAGAAAGUGGACUCAGAGUGGCUUCGGAAGACUCUGGGCUCUCAACAUGCACAGUUGGACUCUGGAUCGAUGCUGGAAGUAGAUACGAAAAUGAGAAGAACAAUGGAACAGCACACUUUCUGGAGCAUAUGGCUUUCAAGGGCACCAAGAAGAGAUCCCAGUUAGAUCUGGAACUUGAGAUUGAAAAUAUGGGUGCUCAUCUCAAUGCCUAUACCUCCAGAGAGCAGACUGUAUACUAUGCCAAAGCAUUCUCUAAAGACUUGCCAAGAGCUGUAGAAAUUCUUGCUGAUAUAAUACAAAACAGCACAUUGGGAGAAGCAGAGAUUGAACGUGAGCGUGGAGUAAUCCUUAGAGAGAUGCAGGAAGUUGAAACCAAUUUACAAGAAGUUGUUUUUGAUUAUCUUCAUGCCACAGCUUAUCAAAAUACUGCACUUGGACGGACAAUUUUGGGACCAACUGAAAAUAUCAAAUCUAUAAGUCGUAAGGACUUAGUGGAUUAUAUAACCACACAUUAUAAGGGGCCAAGAAUAGUGCUUGCUGCUGCUGGAGGUGUUUCCCAUGAUGAAUUGCUUGACUUAGCCAAGUUUCAUUUCGGUGACUCUUUAUGCACACACAAAGGAGAAAUACCAGCUCUGCCUCCCUGCAAAUUCACAGGAAGUGAGAUUCGUGUGAGGGAUGACAAGAUGCCUUUGGCGCACCUUGCAAUAGCUGUUGAAGCUGUUGGUUGGGCACAUCCAGAUACAAUCUGUCUCAUGGUUGCAAACACGCUGAUUGGCAACUGGGAUCGCUCUUUUGGGGGAGGAAUGAAUUUAUCUAGCAAGCUGGCCCAGCUCACUUGUCAUGGCAAUCUUUGCCAUAGCUUUCAGUCUUUCAACACUUCCUACACAGAUACAGGAUUAUGGGGACUGUAUAUGGUUUGUGAACCAUCCACUGUUGCAGACAUGCUACAUGUUGUUCAAAAAGAAUGGAUGCGACUCUGUACAAGUGUCACAGAAAGUGAGGUUGCACGAGCCAGAAAUCUUCUGAAAACAAACAUGUUGUUGCAGCUUGAUGGUUCAACUCCAAUUUGUGAAGAUAUUGGUAGGCAAAUGUUAUGCUAUAAUAGAAGGAUUCCCAUCCCUGAGCUUGAAGCAAGAAUUGAUGCUGUGAAUGCUGAGACAAUUCGAGAAGUAUGUACCAAAUACAUUUAUAAUAGGAGUCCAGCUAUUGCUGCUGUUGGUCCCAUUAAGCAACUACCAGAUUUUAAACAGAUACACAGUAACAUGUGUUGGCUUCGUGAUUAAAAUGCUCCUAAUCAAGAUUGUUUGAACACAUGUAUUUAUAAAACAGAGCUAGAAAAAAAUAAAAAUGAACAUGUAUAUACAUUUGGAAAUUUGAAUUAAAUACUGUAUCAUACUUUCAAAGGAUAAAAAGACUACCCCUCUGAAGGUUGUUUUGUAUUAAUGGUCAGUCUUUGUUCUCUGAGAAAUUAUUUUGGAAGCAGCAUACUUUCAAAUUAUUACCAUAAGUAUAAUUUUAAGAAUGAAAAUGUUUACAGUAUUUUCAGUUUAUUAUAAAAAUGCACACACAACAAA